AUGAUACGUCAGCAUAUGGAGCUUCUCGAUAACAAGAGGAUUACUACUAAAGUAUCCAAUCUUAUAACGGAGAAAUUCGUUGAAGGGACGUUACUUCGAAAGAAUACACAAGCAAUUGAGGAUGAUAGAUUCAAUCACGUAGUGACGCGUUCAACUUCAAGAUUCCACACAGUUACACCGAAUGAGGUUCUCUCAUUGCAGUUUCACCCAGAUGGCAAUUCUCUUGCCUAUAGUAGAAUGGAUGGUUCUCUAACGGUUUGGAAUAAUAUCAGCAAUGGGCAGAUAAAUAACCAUUCCAAAAAACUAUACGUCCAAGAUGCGAGCAAAUCUGAUAGGCUCGUUACAGAUAUUUCAUGGAAUGUUAAUAACACAAAGGAAUUCAUUACUGUUUCAAAUUGUAACGAGGUUUUAGUCUGGAAUAUCAACUCAAAUAAUACAAAACUGUUAAACUGCAGAGCUUUGAAUUUUGGUUCCAUAAAGACUAAAAUUAACAGAUGUUCCUUUGAUCCUAGAGGCAAUUUGGUUAUUUUAACAACAAAGUCAGAGUUCAUUUACUUGCUUGAUGCAAGCAAUAAUUUUGAGCUUCUGUUCAAAUUUAAGAUUGACAAUCUCUCAGAAAGCGAUACUAUCUAUUCCAUUGCAUGGGGAAAUUCAGGAACUAAUCUUUUCAUUGGAUUCAAAAGUGGUAAAUUAGCUAUCUUGGAAGUAGACCAAGAUGACAUGAAAUGCCUUUUCAAUCUACAACUACAUAGAAGCUCUAUUACAUCCAUAAAGAUGGAUCCAAUGGGCAGAUAUUUUCUCACAGGAACCUCUGAUGGAACGUGUGCAUACUGGAAUCUGAAAGAUCUCACUUGCUCCAAACUGAUUAAUGAGCUAGAUUCAAUUACAUCGAUAGAUAUCAAUUAUCUCGGUAAAAUAUUAGUUAUUUUGUUAAAAAAUCAGACAGCCCACUUUUAUAACCUGGAUGAUACAAAGUUGCUGCACUCUUACUCCCUAAAAGACUUUAACUCGGACGUUAUAUUGAAGUUUCAUCCAAAUAAAUCGUUUUACAUAGUCUCUGGUAAAAAUGAUACGCUGGAUAAUCAUAUCAUGACAUCAGAUGAUGAGUUAAAAUUAUGGAAGCAGGAGGUCACUAAACAAAUGCUAACAUUGAAAUCUAAAAAUAAUAAUCAUUCAAACGUCCGUUCAAAUGAAACGUCCAGAAAUUCUUCCAAAAAACCGAAGAAGUUUGGAAAUAGUGUUAAUAAAAGGAAUGAUUUACCCAAACAAAGUAGAUUUAAUAAUUAA